CGGGCUGGUUCGAGGCCAUGCCGAAGCUUCCGGGCCGGGCGUUCGUGAAGAUAGAGGGGAAAGGGAGGCGGAUCGGGUUCCGAGCGUUUUGUGGCAGAGAGGCGCGGGCUGAAGGCGGGCGAGGAGACACCGUUUCCAAAGGCCCGCCGGGCCUGCCUCCGGGGGCGCGGCCUCCGCGGGGCCAAUCGGCUCCGCGUUGCGGGGCGGGACGCCGCCUUGGGUCUACGUGUCUGUGGAGCUUUCGGGCUCCGCGUGGCCAAUCCUUUGCCUGCCUCGGGAGGGGCGUGCACCAGCACCCGGGAAGUCGAGUGUUCGCCUGAUCGCUUGCGGCGCGUUCCGUCCCCCGACCUACGCUCAGGCCACGGGAACCGGGGUGCGCCUCUCGCGCUCCCGCCGGGGUGGCGCGGGCCUCAGCGAGCUCGGAGCGCCGCGGGGACGCGGGCGGGCGGGAGGUGCCGCCGCUCUUCGCCGCUCAUUGGCCGGCCGACUCCAUGGGCUGGGACUUGACUGGGCCUAAACUCGGUGGGCGACCGGCUCUUUUAGGGCGCAGCUGCCAUGCGUUCCGGGGGCCGCGGCCGGUCCCGGCUUCGGCUCGCGGAACGCGGCCUCUUGCAGCCCCCCUCGCCGGCCAAGCGCCGCCUGCUCCCGCGGGCGCAGCUGUUGCCGCUGCUGCUGCUGGCGCUGGCCGUGGCCUCGGCCUUGUACAUCGUCUGGAGCACUUGGCACGGCCGGACGGAGGAAAUGCCGCGGGGUCCGGCUCAGCGGACCGCGCUGGUCGCCAACCUCGCCGAGGACCGGCUGCGGAGGGUCGUGGGCCAGCUGGACCCAGAGCGGCUCUGGAACGCUUACCUGCGCCCCCUGCUGGUCGUGCGGACGCCGGGCAGCCAGGGCAAUCUCCAAGUCCGAAAGUUCCUGGAGGCCUCCCUGCGGUCCUUGGCAGCAGGCUGGCACGUGGAAUUGGACCCCUUCACAGCUUCGACACCCCUGGGGCCACUGGACUUUGGCAAUGUGGUGGCCACACUGGACCCUGGGGCUGCACGACACCUCACCCUUGCCUGUCACUACGACUCCAAGCUCAUGCCAUCUGAAUCGGCUCCCUUUGUGGGUGCCACGGACUCAGCUGUGCCUUGUGCCCUGCUGCUGGAGCUGGUGCAUGCCCUGGACCAGGAGCUGAGUCUAGCCAAGGAGCAGGCCGCCCCUGUGACGCUGCAGCUGCUCUUCUUGGAUGGAGAAGAGGCGCUGAAGGAGUGGGGACCCCUGGACUCCCUUUAUGGCUCCCGGCACCUGGCUCAGCUCAUGGAGGCUGUACCCCACAGUCCCGGCCCCACCAGAAUCCACGCAAUCGAGCUCUUCGUGCUCCUGGACCUCCUGGGUGCAGCCUAUCCCACCUUCUACAGUCAUUUCCCGCGCACGGCCCGCUGGUUCCACCGCCUGAGGAGCAUUGAGAAGCGCCUGCACCGUUUGAAACUGCUGCAGUCCCAUCCGCAGGAAGUGCUGUACUUCCAGCCCGGGGAGCCCCCGGGUUCUGUGGAGGAUGACCACAUCCCCUUCCUCCGCCGAGGGGUCCCUGUGCUGCACCUCAUCUCCACGCCCUUCCCGGCAGUCUGGCACACGCCUGAGGACUCGGAGGCCAACCUCCACCCGCCCACAGUGCACAACCUGAGCCGCAUCCUCGCAGUGUUCCUGGCGGAAUACCUGGGCCUCUAGCCCUCUGCUCACCUCUGGGGUUCCCCGCCCUGCCCCAGGGGCCUCCCAAAUCCCUGGGGCCCUUUGGGCUUUUAAGCUGCCAGUCUUCAGAGAUGCAGAGGAGGAGGCCCUGGUGGGGGAUCUGAGGGGUGAGAGCUGGGCCUGCAUCCUGAGGGCAGCCGGGAUGUGGAGGACAUGGCACAAAUGCUGUUCUGAGCCAGCAAACCAGGUGGAUGCCCGCGCCCACGAGCCUUCCUCAACAGCAGGUGGUGUCUGUUCCCCAGCUCCUGCCCCAGCCCCUGGCCAGUUCCCACAUUGAGAAACCGUCUGGGGCCAAAGUUAUGCUGGUAGUUAGCAACCAGGCAGCACUGGGAUGUUAGAUUCUGCCAGAACUGAGGACCCCCUGCGCAGCCAUGAACAUUCCACAGAGCCAACACCCUGGGCCAGGGCGGGAAAGCCGAGAGUGGAAUGAAGCCUGAGUCCACUGUCUGUAUGAAUGUUCCAGAGAGAGGCAGCAUAUCGGCCAGGUGUGCUGGCAGGGCGUCCAGCCUCCGGGAGGGCAUCUGAGCUAGGUGCUUCGGGAACUGGUGGCCUCUGCUCCUUAGAAGGCCCUGGUGGCUACUGGAUGGCUUACAAAGGUCUGGGGGUCGCUGCAAGGUGGAGCAGCCUGGGGGUGAGGCCUGCUGACCUUUGGGAAUAACUGUCUCAGCUCAGAGCCCAGAAAUGGAAGUUCCUGAUCACCCCCGAGCCAGCUGGCGAGGACUCUGGCCACAGGCAGCUGGUAGGUCUCAUGGGUGGCAGAUAUGUUGACAUGUUCGUGGGUACCUGGACCCCCAGCUCUGGGCCUCACAGUCAUCCCAGUUCAUCAGAGCUCAGCUAGGGUGGGGGAUUCAGGCUCAUGGCUGCCCCCCACCUCCACCCCACCCUGCAGGACAGCUGGGUUGUUUGAGCUUAGAUCUGGGGUCAGGGUUUUUUACUCUGAUUUAAAUAUGUGGUGGUGGCGGCUUGCUCAGUCUGGCCCUGGUUUCCCUGGCAUCCUUCUGUCCCCCAGAUUCAGGGAUUCUCCAGAGUUUUUACUGUGGGGGCUGCCGGACAUAGCUGAUGAGCAAUGGGUUGAGCGUGUGACCUGCCAGAGGGGUCAGCAUCUGUCCUUUGAGGAACCAUCAGAAUUUUCAUCUAGGGGGUGGGGCACAGAGCUCUGAAGAAACCCAAAGCCCAGUUGGGCUUCAUUGAACACCCCCUGACAAGUGCCAGGGGCACCCUUCUGUUUUCUGAUUGAUUCUAGAAUGCCGAUUAAAUGUCUUAAGACGGUC